UUAAUUCCGAAUAAACCACUUAAACACUUAACGUCACGAUGGCGAAGUGGACGACAUAUUGCUGGUGCUCUCUAGUGGUUCUGCUGGGACUUUGCCUUACCCGAACUCAAGUGGAAGCCAAGGAAUGGUGGGAAACGGCCUCGUUCUAUCAAAUCUAUCCACGAUCCUUUAAGGACAGCGAUGGCGAUGGUGUGGGCGAUCUGAAGGGCGUGACCAGUAAAUUGGCCUAUCUGAAAGAGAUUGGCAUGGCUGCCACAUGGCUAUCGCCAUUUUUAAAAUCUCCCAUGGCUGAUUUUGGUUAUGACAUCUCGAAUUUCACCGAAGUUGAUCCGCUCUUUGGUACCAUGGAUGAUUUUGAAGAUAUGAUGAAAAAAUCGAAAGAGCUAGGUGUUCGCAUUAUUUUGGAUUUUGUACCCAACCACUCGAGUGAUGAGUGUGAAUGGUUUAUCAAAUCCGCGGCCAGAGAUCCCGAAUAUAAAGAUUAUUAUAUCUGGCAUCCAGGGAAAAUUGUCAAUGGUAGCCGGACGGUGCCAAAUAAUUGGGUGAGUGUUUUCCGUGGCUCCGCCUGGGAAUGGCAUGAGGGUAGACAGGAAUACUAUCUGCAUCAGUUCCACAAAAAGCAACCGGAUUUUAAUUUUCGCAAUCCCAAAGUGCGAGAGGCAAUGAAUGAAAUUUUACGUUUCUGGUUACGCAAGGGCAUUGAUGGCUUCCGUGUCGAUGCCAUUUACCAUGCCUUUGAGGUGGCGCCCGAUGCCGAGGGCAAUUAUCCAGAUGAGCCCCGUAAUGAUUGGACCGAUGAUCCCGAUGAUUAUGGUUAUCUCCAUCAUAUCUACACCGUGGAUCAACCUGAAACUCCCCAUUUGGUCUAUGAAUGGCGCAAGCUCUUGGAUGAUUUCCGUAAGGAAAAUGGUGGAGAUGAGAGAAUCCUCAUGGUGGAGACCUGGUCCCCCAUCAACAUUGUCAUGGAGUAUUAUGGCAAUGCCACAGCCGACGGUGCCCAGAUCCCUUUCAAUUUCCAAAUGAUCAGUUAUUUGUGGAAUGAUUCAGAUGCCUAUCAUUAUGACAACCUCAUCAACGAAUGGCUAAAACUGAUGCCGGCGGGACGUACGGCCAACUGGGUGGUGGGUAAUCAUGAUAAGAAUCGUGUGGGUACAAGAUUCGGAGCCGAUCGCAUUGAUAUGUUCAAUAUGUUGCUGCUCACCCUGCCCGGUUGUAGCAUAACCUAUAAUGGCGAGGAGAUUGGCAUGACAGAUGUUUGGAUUUCAUGGGAGGAGACAGUGGAUCCUCAGGCAUGUAAUGGCCAUGAGGAUGGCUAUGAGUAUAGAUCCCGAGAUCCGGCACGCACACCCUUCCAGUGGAGUGAUGAGAAAAAUUCAGGAUUUUCAGAUGGCGAUAAGACCUGGUUGCCCGUCAGUCCCAAUUAUAAAAUGGAGAAUCUGAAAAGGCAGCGGGGUAUUGCCCGUAGUCAUUUGAAUGUUUUCAAGGAACUGCAGAAUCUAAGGCAUGAGGAGACGCUCAGAGAGGGUUCAACGGAGGUCAAGGCCUUUAGCCAUGAUGUGUUGGGUAUUAAACGCUCCCUGGCCAAUGACUACACCUACAUUACCCUCAUGAACAUUUUCGAUUCCCAGCAAGUGGUGAACCUAAACGAUGCCUUUAAGAACCUACCCGCUGAAUUUGAAUAUGUUGUCCUCAGCGACAAGUCAAUUCGUCGCAAGGGCGAUAAAGUGGCCAGCAGUCGAAUUGAGUUGCUACCCAAAGAAGCUGUGGUUUUGAGGUCAAUUGUUAAAGUCUAAUAAAUGCCAUUGAUAUGGCCUGUGGUAAUGUUAAUUAGAAAUGUUAGAAAUAAACGAAGAAAUGUUUACAAAUAAAGUUGGAAAUUUAAGAAAAAAAAAAAAAAAA